UGGGCAGGGAAGCAGGAGGAGCCAGGCCAGCGUGAGGCAGCACAUUUCUCUUGGCUCUUGCAGCAGCAGCAGCAUCUCUCCCUCCAUCCCAUAGAGUCGGUUUUCAGUCUGCAGCAAGAAGCGAGUCUCAGGAAAGCAAAGCAUCAGCCGCCGCCUUUGAGCAUCCUUUCCCCAGCAACCGAAGCAACGCCAGGAUCUCCCUCCUUCUUAGUCAUCCUGUUUCUGGGACACAUCUUUCCACCAGCCCUUUUGGUCCUGCCUGAAAGCUUCCCAAAGACUAGGAGAGACUGCUCUGCCAAGAGACUCAAGAUGUCAGACAAGAGUGAUUUAAAAGCUGAGCUUGAACGCAAAAAGCAACGCUUGGCUCAAAUAAGAGAAGAGAAGAAACGGAAGGAGGAGGAAAGGAAAAAGAAAGAGACAGAUUUUCAGCAAAAGAAGGAACCCACUCAAGAGGACUCUGACUUGGAUCGCAAGAGAAGGGAGACAGAAGCUUUAUUGCAAAGCAUUGGUAUUUCCCCAGAACCACCUCUAGUGCAGUCGUUGCAUGUUUUAACAUUGGAUACCUGUUAUUUUCAUUAUUUAGUCCCAACCCCUAUGUCUCCCUCUCCGAAAUCAGUGAGCACUCCCAGCGAAGCCGGAAGCCAAGAUUCAGGAGACUUGGGACCGGUAGGAAGGACCCUGCAGUGGGACACAGACCCUUCAGUGCUCCAGCUUCAGUCGGACUCUGAACUUGGCCGCCGUCUGCACAAGCUAGGUGUGUCAAAGGUGACCCAGGUGGACUUCUUGCCUCGAGAAGUAGUUUCAUACUCCAAGGAGACCCAAACACCUCUGGACACUCAUCGGUCUGAAGAGGAUGAGGAAGAUGAGGAAUUGGUUGAACCAAAAGCACAAAAUGAUUCUGAAACAGAAACUCAAGAAAAAAAGAAAGAGGUGAAAGAAGCUCCUCCUAGGGAACUGACAGAGGAGGAAAAGCAGCAGAUACUUCAUUCAGAAGAAUUCCUCAUAUUUUUUGACCGGACUAUACGUGUGAUUGAGCGAGCGCUAGCUGAAGAUUCAAAUAUUUUCUUUGACUACAGUGGCCGUGAUGUAGAAGAGAAAGAUGGAGACAUCCAGGCUGGAGCCAACCUUUCCUUUAAUCGACAGUUCUACGACGAACAUUGGUCGAAGCAUCGAGUUGUCACUUGUAUGGAUUGGUCCAUUCAGUACCCUGAGCUGAUGGUUGCUUCAUAUAAUAACAAUGAAGAUGCCCCGCACGAACCUGAUGGAGUGGCAUUGGUUUGGAACAUGAAAUUUAAGAAAACAACCCCUGAAUAUGUUUUUCACUGCCAGUCGUCUGUGAUGUCUGUCUGCUUUGCUCGCUUUCAUCCAAAUCUGGUUGUUGGAGGAACAUAUUCUGGUCAAAUUGUGUUGUGGGACAAUCGUAGUCACAGAAGGACACCAGUUCAACGUACACCACUUUCUGCAGCUGCACACACGCACCCCGUCUACUGUGUAAAUGUCGUUGGAACACAGAACGCCCACAAUCUCAUUACUGUUUCUACCGACGGAAAGAUGUGCUCCUGGAGUCUGGAUAUGCUCUCAACUCCACAGGAGAGCAUGGAGCUGGUGUACAACAAAUCCAAACCAGUGGCGGUUACAGGAAUGGCUUUCCCAACUGGAGAUGUCAAUAACUUUGUUGUGGGGAGUGAAGAGGGAACCGUUUACACAGCUUGUCGUCAUGGAAGUAAAGCGGGAAUUGGUGAAGUCUUUGAAGGCCACCAAGGUCCUGUUACAGGAAUCAACUGCCACAUGGCAGUGGGACCAAUUGACUUCUCCCAUCUGUUUGUCACUUCGUCAUUUGACUGGACUGUCAAGUUGUGGACCACAAAGCACAACAAGCCGCUCUACUCCUUUGAAGACAAUGCCGACUAUGUCUACGAUGUCAUGUGGUCGCCUGUUCAUCCCGCGCUCUUUGCCUGUGUGGACGGGAUGGGCCGCCUGGAUCUCUGGAACCUCAAUAAUGACACCGAGGUUCCAACUGCUAGUGUGACUAUUGAAGGAGCCUCUGCCCUCAAUCGUGUCCGUUGGGCCCAAGCUGGGAAAGAAGUAGCAGUCGGGGAUUCGGAAGGAAGGAUCUGGGUCUAUGACGUUGGAGAGCUUGCCAUCCCACACAGUGAUGAAUGGAGCCGAUUUGCCCGGACCUUGGUAGAAAUCCGAGCCAACAGAGCAGACAGUGAAGAAGAAGGGACCAUGGAAAUCUCUGCCUAGAAGAGACGAAGGUGGUUCCCCCCUCCCUUCCAUCAGUUACACGCGUGUUCAGUGUCAAAUCAGUAUUGUUGUGGCUUUUCAUGCCAAUGUUCAUGUCAGCAUUACCCAAGAGUUCCGACUCCUUCCUAUUAAUCACGCUAUGCUUUAAGCCAUCUGAAAAUAUCCAGAACGCUUUCAUGCUUCAUAUUUCUUUUCUGAGGGGUUACCAAUGAGAGGACAAAUCAAACCCAAGUGGGUUCAGUUGUUGCCUUUUUAACUACUUGAGUAGCUGCAGUAACUGGCUAGAAACCCCCGGAUAAACGUGGGCUCGCAAACCUUUCUGGCGCAGCCCUAUUAAAUCCAGAUGAAGUCAGUUAUGAUUGGGUACAGAUGUGGCGUGCUUUGCAACCAUGGGACUGGGCCAAAGACUUUAGAUGUGGUGUUUCACAUGGUGACUUACAUUAUGAAUGGAUGUACUAUAUGAACGUUGCUGCCCCUUAUUUAUUGCGGUGUGCUGCAUGGAACAUAUUUAUUUGAAAGCAUUAAAAUAAACGAUCCUAAUGCAUGUGCAUAACGAGCAAACGGCAUUGUCUCUGCAUGCCUAUUGGGGUUAUAUCGCCCUCCAAAACAACAAUUACAGGAUGUCACUUUGUACGAAAAUGAAAUCUGUAAAAGCUUGGUUGAAUAAAUGGAACUUUUUAAAUAAAAAAAUGCCUAUUAUUUC